GCCCGGGUUUCCUCCCCGCCGCCGCCGCCGCCGCCGCAGACCGGCUCCCGGCUCGGCGCGGCGCGGCUCGGCCCGCUCGGCCCCGCCAUGUCGCAGGUGCUGCCCUACGGCGAGGACAAGGUGGGCCGCUACGGCGCCGAGCCCGAGGCGGGGGAGCUGCCCUUCAGCUGCCGCCUGCAGGACACCAACGCCUUCUUCGGGGGCAACCAGGGCAAGCGGCCCCCCAAGCUGGGACAGAUCGGCCGCGCCAAGAGAGUGGUGAUCGAGGAUGACCGGAUAGACGAGGUGCUCAAGGGCAUGACGGAGAAGUCGCCGCCGGGGGUGUAAGCCGGGAGCCGCCGCCAGGACCCGCCGGCCGAGCCCCGCUCCAGCCCGCCGCCCCGCAUGCUGGCUGGAGCGCCGACGAGGAGGGGGAGGCCAUGCCCGCUGCCCCCCCCGGCCCGGGGGGGGGGCCCUGCAGCCACCACCACCCCCCCCCGAGCCAUGCACUUUACCCCUCCGCCUCCCCCGGGGCCGGGACAAAGCGCCGAGCCCCCCGCCCUGGGCGAAGACCCCCCUGCCCGGGGAAGGGGCCCAGCCCCCCGCUCCGCGGCGCGUCCCCCCGAUCCUCCUCGGCGGAGGGUCCCCGAACUCCGGGGCCAGCCGGCCCCAUGAGCGGGGGGGGGAGCGCUGCUGUCCAGAGACAUUUUUUGCUCCAUCGUUUUUUGCAUGAGCUUGGUGGCCCGGGCGGCCGGCCCGGGGGCCGAGGGUCAGCCCCACCACUCCGGCACGCUUCUUUUUAAAACAGAAACUCCUCAUAUUUGUAUUUUUAUAUCCGAAUCUUUGUUAAAAACGAUCUGCUGACGUUGAGAUGUCAAAGUAACUGCAUCGAGAAAACAAACGAAAACAACCAACCAACCAACCAACCAACAAAAAAAAAAAGGUUCAUAUUUUUUUCCAUAAGAAAAAAAAAGACAAAAAAAGAAGAAAAAAACGAGGGCAAAAAUUAAAGGGGGGGCGAGAGUGAUGGAGGGAGCAUGAGGAAAGCCACAGGAGGAGGGAGGGGAGCAGGGACCCCUGGCCCGACCCCCGCUGGCAGGCAGCAGGAGCACCGGCGGGUUUGGCAGCAGCACCAGCCGCUGCAGUUCCUUCCCGGCAGCACCGGGGCAGAGCCCACCGGGGCCGGCUGCAGGUGCCAGGGGGGGUCCCAGCACUGCCCCUCGCUUGAGGGUGCUGGGGUCAGGGGAGAGCGGGGAGGGCAGGGACCGGCCUGAGUCGUUGUUUUUAAUUUUAUACUUUAAUUUAAUUUUAUUUUUUAAGAAGCUUCUCGGGGGGUUCUGAUGUGCAUGAGAAACUUGUCAUCUUUUUCAAUAACCUACGAGUGGCAUUUAUGGAGACAACGACGCAAAAAAAAAAAAAAAAACCACAACAAAAAAACCAAACAAAAAACUGAGGAAAAAAGAAAAAAAAAAAAGAAAAAAAAAGAUACUUGUGUCAUGAUGUUCUACGAAUGAUCCAUUGUAAAUUUAAAUGCCAUUUUUCACUGUACUGGUGAACAAAAUGCAAUGAAUAAAAUACAUUCAUGUACCCAGGUGAA